UGGUGCGAGCAGGCGCCUCUUGCUCUCUUAGAUGUCGGAGAACGCUCUGCGGUUUAGGACCACGUGGAGUCCAGGCGGCGCGUCUUGAGCAGCUGUUCACCGGCAGGCUUACGAUGAACCGCAGAACGCGUGCGGACACCUACUGUUAGCUACAGGUGGAGCAAAAAGCUUGAGCGUGGAGAUAGCACGAACUAGCGUCCAGUAAAGCACUAGGAAACAGGCAAACGCGAGGCUGCCCCACGCCGCGCACGCACGACCAUGCGUGACCCGCGCACUGAUAAGAGACGAUAGCGAUGCGCUACACCCAUUUGUGCUGGCUCCUAGGGCUCAGAACGGCAGCCCAGCUGCGGCUCCAGAUCGACGGCCCGGCGGCCUACGACCACAGCCAAUUCAUCAUUAGUGGAGACAGCAUCCGCAUCACGGUGCAGCACACGAAUGCGACGGACGUCUGCAUCUUCAUCGACGCCACGCGCCACUGUUCUACUGAUAGAGUGAUCGACGUCUCCGGUCUGGCGCCAGGGACCCGCGUCAUUGCGGCGUCUGCUGGCAAUGAAAGGGCGGAGGUGGUCUUCGACAUUAUUCCUGCGGAAGAAUUACCUACGAGACCGCUCCCAUUGAACCACGUAGCCGAACCCUUGGAUUUGCCCCUUGUCCCGUUGAAACGAAGGCUCAGGUACUGCGCGCUUACCAAUUCAUUGGAGCGCCACUCGCAAAAUUUAAUCUUUUUAAGGACGGCAGCUCUGUUGGAUCGACGGCGCUGGCUGGCAUCACUGUUCGUGCCCGCUAAUACUGUCGGAACUCUACACGAGGACUUUAGAAGGGCGUUCAUUCCCGUGCACUACGUCGACCUUAGUAACAUCGAUUAUCAGGAACUGAGGAAGCAAGUUUCAGACAAGCUCGACCCUCGCAUGGCUUCCCUACUAAAAAAAUGCGACGUCCACGUCUAUGCGAACACGUAUGACGACCCCGACGCCGCCGCCCUCGCGGAGCUCGCGGCGAGAUACGCUUCACCAGGCUCAAAACGGGUCAUGGAGCUGCCCAACUUAUAUCCACCUUCGACAGAUGUUGUGGACGCGUUUGUAGCCCCAAGUCACUUCGCGGCAUCUCAGACAGAAACAGAUCUCCCGAUCGCGACGAUCUACCCCGCAUCCAUCGGAACGCCCUUGCCGCAAUCUUUGAGACGGAAGGGCGUUUUUGUGGUCGCGCACGCCGGGCGCCUCGCACCGGAACGGUCGCCGGGUCUCUUCAUUCGAAUCGCGGCGCUGGUUUGCAGGCGGCGUCCUCGCAUCGUCGCGGCGAUGGCGUACACGCACACCACACGCAGGUCCGUAAUGAUCCACGUUUUGCACCGAGGCCCCCCUUCCCCGGUAUGCCAAGAGACGACCGACCUUUUAUUCGUUUCGUGAUGUACGGCGACGGGCCGUUACGAUCGUCAUUGGAGCGGCUCGCCUCCUCCCUAAACGCGGGCGUCGAGUUCCGGGGCCACUCUGAUAAUCUAAGGGAGCAGCUAGCAAGCGUGGACGUCUUACUCCAGCCGCGUGCUGUUGGAGAGACGUUUGGGAUCGCCAACGCGGAGGCUUCCAACGCGGGAUGUGUGGUGCUGGCCUACAUGCGGUCCGGCGCGAACGAGUCCUGCGGCGUUCAUUCGCACCUCCUCGACACGCUCGACCCGCAAGCUUAUGCGGAUGUGGUGAUGUAUUUGGUGCUGACUGAUCAAAGGGCCGUUCCCACCUUCGACGGGCGGUUUGCUGAUACUAAAUUCGCGGCGCGGUACGACCGCUUCCUCUCGUCCUUAGUGACGGAUGUUGAUGAUGCGGAGGACGUCGUAUCCACAGAGAUGGCCGUGUUCUUCUCGCCUUCAUCAAAGUACGCGUCUUCACUCAUAUCAGGAGCGCUUGGCAAGGCGUUCUCGGUCCAAAUUGUAUCCAGUGAGACACCGGACAUCAGCGUGGCGUCGUGCCUCGAUGGCGGCUGCGCGGACGGCUGGAGCGACGGCUGCCAACGGGAAGCUUUUAGUGUGGCCGCGAAGGCGCCCUUGUCCCUUUUGAUUUGCGGCGAGGCCUGGGAUUUGAGUCAAGCAUCGUCGACUUUCGACGUCGUCCUAGCAACGGCGUUCUCAUCCGACUACGUGUACCUCCCGGUCGCCGCGACGGCCUUCGGCGAACUUGUUGGUUACAAACCGGAGGACCUUUUGCUGACAAAACCGAAAGUUCCGAGGCGCGGCGUCGCCUACUUGUAUUAUCGAUGUCGACCGCGUCGCGAACGCUUCGUGGAAUUACUUAAAAGAGAAGGUCUUACGGUACAUGCUCUCGGAAGAUGCUCCUCGCAUAGUGGAGACGACUUCGUCUCCAAGAGAUUUAGUGAAAGGUGGCACGACGACGCUAUCGAACAGUACGCGUCCUACAAGUUCGUCGUGGCCUUCGAGAACGAUGAUAAAGCGGGCUACGUCACGGAGAAAUUAGAAUUGGCCUUUUUGGCCGGUUCGGUUCCAAUCUACUGGGGCCCCGCCACAGAUCACAUCUUCUCCAACGAGUCUUACGUCCGAUGUCAUGAACUAGAAGCGUGCGCUCGCGAAGUGAAGCGCCUAGACGACGACGACGGAGCCUACGCCCGACUGGUGAAUGCCCCGAAAGUGAACAACCUCUCAGUCCUCCAAGCAUCUUCAUUGAAAGAUGACCUCAUAGACAAACUACAGCCUAAAUUUGUAUUACGCUACCCUCGUCGUGCGUCGCGUUGUGGGGCCGCGCCAUCGUGAGCACGCGUCGGUGCACGGAAUUCCCCGCUAAUUUAGCAAGGGUAGCCACGUCGUCCGGAUAGUGGUCGUUGACACCAACUAGAUAAUCACCGGUCCUCAACAGGCCGUUCUGCGACGCGUUCGAGAUCGAGUAAGGACACGCGUCCUCAUGAACCUCGACGACCUUCAGACAACACUUGGGCACGCACUCCUUCGCGCCGUGGAGCCGUAUCCUCCGAAAAUGGAUGCCACUCAAGUCCUUGAUCUCCGACACGGAUAUCCCGAGGGGAAUCUUGGGCUUCCGCUUUUGUGAUCUUUCUAACACUACUACAUCAAAAAAGGGCGUCGGCGCGCCCCUGGCCUCGUCCUCGUCGCUCUCCUCCGAUGGGGCCUCCUCCUUGGCCUCGUCGUCCUCCUUCGCUUCGGUGGCCUCGUCCUCGCUAUCAUCUUCAC